UCAGAGGUUUAAUGUAUUAGUCUAGAAAUAAUGUUUAGGGGAACAUCAAAUUCCCAAAUUGAUUUGAUUUACACAAUUUUAACAGUACAAUAUAGUGCAAUUUAAAUGUUUGAACAUCAUUAAAAAGAUUAUGAUUAAGAUAGUUUACUGUGCAUACCUCUAGACUGGGCUCACUGUGACAGCGGAUUGAGGGGUUAGAUGAGGAUCAGGGACAAGCAAUGAUCUGUGUUAACUACUGGUAGAAAAUAUUGCUGUUUAUUAUUAUUAUUAUUAUUAUUAUUAUUAUUAUUAUUAUUAUUAUUAUUAUUAUUAUUAUUAUUAUUAUCAUGUGUUUAAUUAACAAUUAAAAAUUCACAGUACAUACAAAAGAAAAGUUUAAAACAGAAAUACACUUAACAUAAAUAGGACUAGGAACUACAGCACCACAUGAAUCAAAAUAAAUAUCCACUUUCUUACAGUUAUAUUUUGACAUUCAUAAUGUGAACAGACAUCAACAUUGACUGUUCGCUGUACUCUGUAGACUUUGGUGUAUAUUAUAUCUGCUGUUUAAAAAUGUCCUUGAAGUAGAGAAGAGAAUAAAAUAGUUUUGUAUAAAUUUUGCAACUGUUACAAAGAUCAUUUGCAAAUUAAAUUGAUUUCUUAAAUGAUCUCGUUUAAAAAUCAUAUUUUAUUUAUGCACAUAAAAAAUGAUCCCAAGGCAUCCAAACAAAAAAAAGACCUUGUCUCUUUUACGUUUUGAAUAACUAGUGUUCAAUAGUGUUUUUUCUUCUUAAACAGCCUUUUGUGUAAUUGCAAAUAUUAGCUAGCUUUGUUGCAUACCUAAGUAAAGCCAUACAAACUAACACAGAGAAUGUGGUGAAGUAAUUUAUUAUUGUUUUUAUGUAUUUUCUUUUUUUCUGAUCAGACUCACCUCAUAUACGCUUGUGCAGCAGAUAGUGUGUGGUCAGGGUGAAGUUAACAGCUGGUUGCCUGUGCAAUAAAACAGAAAAUAGAAUUUGCUUUAAAUAAAAACAAGUUACAUAAUUAAACAAAUGUAUAUUUAUACUAAAAUAUAUAAUGCAUAGUGAAUUACAUUAUAUACUACAAUGCAAUUCCAUUAUAUUGCACCAUUUGUUAAUUUAGAAUGGAUGAUCAACUUGUAAUGGAGCAUUGUAGAAGAUCUGAUGAAAUGAGGAUUGAUCACCUGCUAACACCCGCAGUCACCAGUUUGAGAAAUCCAAAAAAUAUAUAUCAACACAACUGAAGGUACAGUUUCUUUCUUUCUUUCUUUCUUUCUUUCUUUCUUUCUUUCUUGUAGAUUGAACAUUUAAUCACUUGAAGUCAAACUAGAUUGAAGCCAUAACAUGCCAGAAGAGUAACUGUUUGAAUGGAUGGGGGAGGGAUAUUGGAGGAAUUUCCAUGCUAUUCAUUAAACAUGGGCUUUUCUAUAUCAACUUCAUUGUGACUACAUAAUUAAAUAACAAAUAAUAGCUACAAAAUACACUUAAAUAUAUUAUAUAAUCAAAUCAUAUUUCAAAAUAUGGGUCUGUACUGGAAACCAGUGGGUGGUGUCAAUAAUGUAUUCUAAAAUUUGCAAGACUAUAAGAAAAUUCAGUUGAGCUGCUGCCUGUAUGCAAUGCCAUUACAGCAGCGCCAACACCGCCUACUGAUAACCAUCCAGUACUGUUGAUCCCUGCUUUACUAUUCAUUAGCAUUGCUUUGUUCAUCAAAGAACAUGCCUAAUGGUUUAGAUAGCACGCAUGCUGUGCAUGAAACUGAUAUUUGAGUGAAACUGAUAUUUGAAAUGCAAAACAGUCUUAGCGUGGGAGACCUUACGGUCGUAACAGGCUCCCGCGUUUAUUAAUAUGACUAUUUAACUCCUUUACACUAUAUACUAUAAUUAAGACGGCGUAUAACCGGCGAGGUGUAGCAUAACACAUUAACCCAAACUAACCAGCCGGAGUCUAUUGUUCUCGUGAAAGAGACUAAUUUAAAUGUCUAGAGAUAUGGAAAUCGGGGCAAUCGUUCUACUACUUCCUGUAUUAUAUACACGUUCCCUUAUCGUUACGUGGUCUUGGAAGAUGAAAGUAAAGUUAAUGGAGAGUAAAUAAGUACUCAAAAGGCAUGCUGUGUAGACUUUACCUUGGCGCCGUUGGAGAAUCUUUUACUUAAAUUACUCACAUUCAUUCAACGCAAGUCUGACCAUAAACGUAUAUGCUAUGUUUUUAGUUAAUACAAUAAAGGACUAGUGUUAUAUUAUCUUGGUAUUUAAUAUAAUAAAUAACUUUAUGCAAUAGCAGCUGGCUUUUGACAAUGUGAAAAAGUUAUGGUAACGGCAAAAUUCUGGAGACAUAUAAGAGCUGUACGGGCAACAGAGUGCUGUCCAAAAAUAACAAGGUGCUGAAAAUGUUUCUGUGGAAGGUCAAGUAUGGUGUUUUUGUCAUUUAACACAAACGUGUUACUGUAUUGGUUGAUAGCGAUGUUUACUUAUUGCAGUUGUCUACAAACCAAACGGCUGCAGUGCCUGAGGUGAGAUUUGAGACAUGAAUCGUCCACGUCCUACUACCACGGCGAUCUCACAUUGGAUCUAAUGGUCGACGAUGUCAACAUUUGCUUCCAACUUACCUUGGUUCCCACAGACAUCGUGGCGCCAGGCAUUAACACAUCCACAGGAUGCGUGAAAAGUUCAAUAGCUACAUAUAUUAGACCUAAUUAUUCACAAUUAUCUUCUUGAUCUCCACUUUGAUGGGUCUUUGCACAUGCAAAUUUCCACACUGAGGGGGUCUAUAUAAAGAGUCGCUGCUGUGGAAGCCUUCAAAUUGCAGACCCGCAAGGUUUUGAACCUUCUAGACAGAGAACAUGACGAAAGCUUAUUCCAUUGCGUGGCUAUCCCAAAGUCACCACACCACAUCGACUAGGCAGGCGUGUACAGAAAAAAACACGGAAACAACUUUCAAACCUCAUAUUCCUUGUUUAGUUCAGUCUCGUCCACCCACAUCAUGCAGCAAAGAAUCUGUACAACCAAAAGCAAACAUUAUGAAGAAAUGCUCGCAAGAUAUGGAGGAGGCAAGACCCGGGCAAGAUUCACCUGCUCGCCUGUUUCACUCCUCUUUCACGACCUUUUCAGAAAGUAGCGGAGAGUCAUCUGGUUAUGAAAGUGAAACUGUUCGAUCAGAAGUCUCAUCUCUAGAAGAAGACGAUGUUGAAAGUGAACCCAGUGUCAACCGCAGAAUGCGAACGAAAUUCACAUCAGAUCAGAUUCACAAACUGGAGAAAAACUUCAGUAAGCACAAGUAUUUGGGUGCUUCUGAGAGACUGAAAGUGUCUGUAAAACUACAUCUCUCUGAAACUCAGGUGAAAACAUGGUUCCAGAACCGAAGAAUGAAAUUAAAGCGUGAGAUGCAAGAUCUGCGUCCAGACUUCUUGAGCCCCGCUCUAAUGCCUCAGAUGAUGUACCAGACCGUUUCUUCUCUCCAGCACUCCAGCUACCCUGUGCAGCAGCUUGCAGUUCCCAUUGACACCACAGAAAACCUGGCAGCACACCAUCUCUUCCCAGAUUUCAUCCAUCAGGCGCCUAUGCAACAAAUGGCAUUCCCUCAGCCAACACUCCACCCUCUGCUGCUGGCUUCACCGUAUUAUUAUUGAGGACUGUAAUACUGUAUAAUUCUAGCUGUUCCACUUGUCUCCUAAAUGCAAUAAUCUUACUAUGUCUUGCACGUGCUUGCUAUGUAGCAGCAUGUAAACGUUUUAGACAUUGCUUUGGGACAAUGAGUAUUGUAUAAAGCAAUACUGAACGUGGUUUUCAUAUUAGUAGUAUUUUAAUUGCCUUCUUUUUGGGUUCUUUUUAGACAUACUGAUAUAAUCCAGUUGACUUCAAUUGGUUUCAAGGAUAAAGUUCCACUGUGUGGACUGUGAUUUUAGCUUGUUCAGAAAUUAAGAAUGUAUGAAUUCAUAUAUUUUUAUUUUUAUAUUUCAGUGUGAAUAUUAAUUUAAACAAAUAUAUUGUUAAUAUGUAUGUAUUUUUUAAGUUUUCAAUAAAACUAUUUAAACAUUCCUUAUUUAAUUUUUAAUUUCUGAGACUGAAAAUUUGGGGCCAUAUUCACAGGGCAACCUAGCAAGAAAAAUACAGAUAUCUGGAAUUAAUUAUUUCAGGAUUUUUCACGUUUUGUUUUCUUUUUAGGAAUGAAAAUCCUCUAUUAACAGCACGGUGAUAAGUGCUUUGUGAAUAGGGCCUUAACUGUCCACAAACUUAUUUAAACACUUGAAUUACAUAUUAUCAUUGGGGGAAGUGUAUUAAUAAACAUAUGACUG